AUGGAUGAGGAAGCCUGGUCGUGCCCCGAUGUAAGCGCCGACAAGUGCGCAAACACGUACACUGCAGCGGGUGGGGGUGCUUACAUGCAGUGCGGAGUCGAGGGGAAGCUGUGUCUUCAAGCUGUGUUCUGCGACACAACCACCACGACAACAUUGCCUGGCUUCGUCCUGAUUGAUGAUGAUGGUCGCUGGGUGAAGAUCAACCAGUGGACCCAAGGCCUUUAUGAAAGGCAGAGCAAUGCCUACGGAACUGUGAGAACAAGUGGUCCAGGCGAUGGCAAACUUGACGACAGCUUGAUAAAUGAUCUGAUGAUGGCCAACAAGCUGCGAGGGCCAGCUAGCGGACAUCUCUUCAGCGUCUUUAAAGUCACGGCCAAGGAAGCGAAUUUGGCCUACUACAUCCGCGUACGGGACCGCAACUACACCGACACGCGCAGAAAUUUCGAUUUCCCUCGCUACAGUGCAUAUCAGUUUGUGGGAGAUAGGAUGCCGAAAAACUUGGACACGGGGUACAAGGACCUGAACGUCGGCAUUCUUGACGCUUAUCACUUCGGAGGGCGACAGUCGUGCAACCGAUUCUUCAUGGGUCAUGACUCUGUAGAUGAUUGCUAUUGGGCAGAUGGUGGCAGAAACACCAACAAGCGCUGCUUCAGUGGUGGGUACUACUGCCACAAUAAGUUUCGCAAUGACCACUGUCCGUUGACAAAUGUACAGAUGUACUUGAAGCUUGCAGACAAGUCAGGCUAG